UACGAAAGAAGACACAAUUGGAAUAUCAGAAGUUGCAAAGGCCACAACCGGAUGGAUACUUUAAAGCUAAGGAGGAAUUCCGGCAAAUUUACUCUGCUCUCUUUGAUCGACACCGAUCGACAAAAAAAAUCUCGAAUUCAGAUUCGAUACCAUUAUUACAAAAACAUUUAAACGAAUUAAAAACUCAAUCAAAUACAGAAUCAUUUACUAAAUAUCCUCGACCAAAACAACGAUCCGAUGCAACAAAAUGGUUUCAUGAACAAUUUGGAGGCGCUAUAACAAUGAAGAUACAGAAUAAUUUAGCAGAAUGUAAAACAAUUUUACAACUCCGAGAUUUUAUAUCUAAUAGAAUAUUUCCAAACACAACAGAUACCAAUAUUAACAGCGAGUCGCCUUUUAAAAGCACUAAUCAAAAUCGAGUAGUUGAUGAUUUAGGUCGACCUAUAGACGCAAAUUACGCAACACUUUUAAAAGAAAGCAUAGCGUUAUGUCGUACAAAGUUCAACGAUCCUUACAUGGCAUUCGCGAUAUUUGAGCAAGUUAAACGUCGUGGUGUCAUAUCAUACGUGCUUGGUUGCAACGCACAAGUCUAUAACGAAUUAAUUAGAACAAGAUGGGAUUGCUGGAGGGACCUUUAUGGGGUUGGUGAAUUAUUAAAUGAGAUGUUGAUUAAUGGAAUUGAUUUCGAUGAAGGAACACGAGAAGUUGUAAGUGAUAUUGCUUUGAAGGUAUUUGAUGAAAACGGGAAACUAACAGCAGGAUGGGAACUCGAACAGAAUGGGCAAGUUUACAAAAAUAUAUCAGAAGCUUUUAAAGUGUUUGCAAGGAAAUUAGAGGGAAAUCCUA